AUGGCACCUUCACUUGAAGCCCCAGAACCCGUGGACGACGUCUUCGCCAACCCUAUCAAGCAGAAGCCACAACUCGUCGCCCCGGAGCCUCAGAACUGUGUCGGCCCCGAUUCGCAACAGGCCGGUAAAGCGGACUCAUGCGCCGGGUGUCCGAACCAAGCAAUCUGCGCAUCAGCGCCAAAGGGUCCAGAUCCUGAUAUUCCCAUCAUCUCUGCGCGGUUGGAGAAUGUCAAGCACAAAAUCCUCGUGCUGAGUGGCAAGGGCGGCGUGGGCAAGAGCACUUUUACGUCGCUUCUAGCACAUGCCCUUGCGACAAAUCCGGAUAAUACCGUGGGCAUCAUGGACACUGAUAUCUGCGGACCAAGCAUCCCCAAGAUGAUGGGAGUUGAGGGUGAGACGGUGCACGUUAGCGGUACAGGAUGGUCACCUAUUUGGGUCAUGGACAACCUUUCUGUGAUGAGUAUCCAAUUUCUACUGCCGAACCGGGACGAUGCUGUCAUUUGGCGAGGCCCCAAGAAGAAUGGGCUGAUCAAGCAGUUUCUCAAGGACGUGGAAUGGGGCGAUCUUGACUUUUUGCUAGUCGAUACACCUCCUGGCACAAGCGACGAGCAUCUCAGCGUGAACUCAUUCCUCAAGGACAGCGGAAUUGAUGGUGCAGUCAUGGUUACAACACCGCAAGAAGUAUCACUCCUAGACGUACGAAAAGAGAUUGAUUUCUGCCGCAAGGCCGGUAUCAGGAUAUUAGGUCUCGCAGAGAACAUGAGUGGCUUCGUCUGCCCUAAAUGUUCGAACGAAAGCCAGAUCUUCAAGGCUAGCACAGGAGGAGGGCGCGCACUGGCCGAAGAGAUGGGCAUUCCCUUCCUGGGAGCAGUACCUCUGGACCCAAGAAUUAGGAUGGCUUGUGACUACGGAGAGAGCUAUUUUGACUCGUUCCCAGACAGUCCGGCGUGCAUCGCGUUUCAAGGAGUAGUUAAGAAUGUCGCGAUGCAGCUGGGUCUGAAUACGCAGGAUGUGCUGCCGGACGAGUAG